AUGUUAUGGUGGAACAGCUGAGUUUAUUAAUCGCUCUCAGUCGGCUAUUUCUCAUUAAUUAAACGUCUCAUUAAGUCAUAUUUCUCAGCGGUGGUCCAAAGUCGGUCCGGAAUUUCAUUUCAUACCAAAAGGCCCUCGGGUUCGCUCUGAAUGGUGAUGAGUUUCACGAUCCGCGAGAUCUGCGAGGACACCAAGAUGGCGCGGGAGUAUGCGCUGCUGGGCAACUACGAGACGGCCCUGGUGUACUACCAGGGAGCCGUGCAGCAGAUACACAGGCUCCUGGCCACCAUACAGGACCCCCUGCGCAAGGAGAGGUGGCAGCAGAUGCAGGCCAAGAUCGCCCAGGAGUACGAGAAGGUGAAGGAGAUCGAGGGUGUCCUGUCUCAGUUCAACGGGGAGCUGAGCACCGACCGUCCCGUGGCGGGGAGGCAAGCCUACGACCUGUCCCUGGCGGACAACGACCUCCUGGCCCAGAUCUCCGCCCCCCGGGACCCGGAUGUCUGGCCCCCGCCCACGCCCGUAGAGCACAAGCACGGCCCCCCGGUGCGGCCCAUCCGUCCGGUGCGCAAGAACGAGCCCCCCUUCAAGUCCUCCGGCGGGGGACGGAGCGGGGGGGCGGCCAACCGGGACCGCUACAAAAAGACCGCCUCCGAGCCCAAGCCCAAGAAGGAGGACAAGGGAGGCAGGAAGGAGGGCAAGAAGGAGGAGGGGAGCAAGGACAACAAGGAGGAGAGGAAGUUCGACGGGUCCGGCUACGACCGGGAGCUGGUGGACAUGCUCGAGCGGGACAUCCUGCAGCGGGACCCCUCGGUCCGGUGGCAGGACAUCGCCGACCUGGAGGAGGCCAAGAAGCUGCUGGAGGAGGCCGUGGUGCUGCCCAUGUGGAUGCCGGACUUCUUCCGGGGGAUCCGGAGGCCCUGGAAGGGCGUCCUGAUGGUGGGCCCCCCCGGCACGGGCAAGACGAUGCUGGCCAAGGCCGUGGCCACCGAGUGCAAGACGACCUUCUUCAACGUCUCCUCCUCCACCCUCACCUCCAAGUACCGCGGGGAGUCAGAGAAGCUGGUGCGCCUGCUCUUCGAGAUGGCGCGGUUCUACGCCCCCAGCACCAUCUUCAUCGACGAGAUCGACUCCCUGUGCUCCCGCCGGGGCUCCGACUCGGAGCACGAGGCCAGCCGGAGGGUCAAGUCGGAGCUCCUCAUACAGAUGGAAGGCAUCACCAGCACCGAUGAUCCGAGCAAGGUGGUGAUGGUUCUGGCGGCCACCAACUUUCCCUGGGACAUCGACGAGGCCCUGAGGCGGCGCCUGGAGAAGAGGAUAUACAUACCCCUGCCCAACGCGGCGGGUCGCGAGGCGCUGCUGAAGAUCAACCUGAGGGACGUGGAGGUGUCUCCCGAGCUGGACUUGGAGGAGGUGGCCAACAGCCUGGACGGAUACUCGGGGGCAGACAUCACCAACGUCUGCAGGGACGCCUCGAUGAUGGCGAUGCGGCGCAAGAUCGCGGGCCUGAGCCCCGAGGAGAUCCGGAGCCUGCCCAAGGAGGAGCUGGAGCUGCCCGUGAGCCCCGAGGACUUCCGGGAGGCCGUCAAGAAGAUCAACAAGUCCGUCAGCAGGGAGGACCUGGAAAAGUACGAGAAGUGGAUGGCCGAGUUCGGAUCCAUCUAGCUAUCCUCCCUGUCCUUCUGUCUGUCCUCCGACACGC